AUGGACGCGCAGCAGAUCGUUCAAGAUGUGCAGCCUCUCGUGGGCCAGAUAGUUCCUAUCAGAACAGUGCAAGAAUCGCGGCCGCGAGAAGAUUUUGACAAUGCAUAUGUAGCAGAAGUCAAUGUGAAAUCUGCCUCUAAAGUCAUAAAAGCCUUGGACUCCAACUUCCCUCGCGACUCUUCCCAGUCGACGCACCAUCUACGUCGAUUCUCAAAACAUACACAAUUACCGGAAACUCUACGAUCCAUUCUCAUUCAAGGAGAACCAUCCUCACAGACGAUCUUUGUCUUGAUUUCCCCUCCACUACCAGACAUUGACUCUCUUCAGAAGCUGCUUAGUCCAUUCGUUCCUACUCCUACCGAACCCGAAAAUAUCAACCUUCACACUAUCCGGGUUCCAAUCCAACCACCUUUGAAUGUGUCACAGGCGGAGAAAUGGUCGGCUAAGUACUGGCCGGUCGUGUACAAUCCUGCAGCUCCUAGAGCCAACAUCGCACCACCCCCACAGAUUCUCACUCGCACCCGUGACUCCAUUCAGCCCAAGGCCGGUCAUUACCUGGCGCUGGCGUACAAAGUCGCAGAUGAGGCGGAGCAAUCGGGCCUGGGACGCAGGGUUGGCGCUGUAGUCGUUGACCCUGAAUUAGAGGCUCGGAUCAACAAGACCACUGAUAACGAUGAUGGGGGGAUCCAUUGGGCCGAUGCGGUAGUGGCAGUCGCUGGUGAUGCGCGAUAUUCCCGCCGUGAAGUCGGCACCUCGUCCAAAGGGGAACUUCAACUGGGAUCCGGCCCCAACCCUGCCCGAGGGACGUACAACCCCGAUCUGGAGGGCGGGCCGGAGUUACACGCAUUGAUGCGCGCGGUUGAUCUGAUUGCUAGUGUGCGACGGGGAUCCACGCAAGGAGAGAAACCGCGUUUAUCACCCCUGGAGACACACUUUUUAUCGCAAUCGGAGACCCCACAUUCUGGAUGCCUGCUCGACUCAAGGGGUUUAUCCCCAGUCCCGGAGAAGUACCAAAAGACUGACACGGAUGCGAUUCCAAAAUCAUCUUCAUCGUUAUCGGGUAGUGGUAAGGGCACUCCUCGGAUCCGCUCGCGUGAACAGGGAGGCUACCUCUGUACCGAUCUGGACGUGUAUAUGACCCACGAACCGUGUCUGUGCUGUUCCAUGGGGCUGCUUCUUUCUCGUUUUCGAUCAGUGUCUUUCCCUCGACAGGGACGUAUGAUAACAGGGGGUCUGGCGUCGGAGCCUGUUAUAAGCCCAGUGAUGGAAGCGGAUGCCACCAACGAGCCUUCAGCUAGUAAUGAUGAUAAUAAUAAUAGUAGCCCCGCGGAAGACCCGGAAGACGCCCAACAAGCAGAAGAAUCGUCCACACAGCCUCACCGCGAAUAUUACGGACUCCACUGGCGCAAGGAAUUGAACUGGCGUGCCUUAGGUUUCGAAUUCAUCGAAGAAGGAGGUUCACAGCGAGCAGCGGAGGAGGUCAACUUUCAUGCAUAG